UUUUUACUGAUGGCCAGUGAGAUACGAAUCAGCAGUGUAUAGUGUCUACACAUCCGUCUCAUUUACAGGAUUUCGCCCACAUAUACGGCCAUGUCAUUGUUUGCUUUCACUCGCCAGGCCACCUCGUCGCUGAGGUAUGCGCCCAGAGCCAUUGGAUGCGCAUCACUGCAGUACGCACAGAGGAAGUGCAUGUCCAGUGCUGCCGAGACUGUCUCCAAUACAGACACAGACCGUGAGUACAUCAGGAACAUGUCCAUGAAGGAGUGGAAGCACAGGUGGACCGAUGCUGUCCAGCACAUUGACCACAAACUCACAUACACAGAGUCCUCUGACCAGCUGCGGAAGCUGAUCAAAGGUGGUCUAUUGCGUUUCACAGACCUGCGUGAUAAUCCUGAGCGGUUCUUCGAGGCUCAUCGCAUCCUCGCCCUACACGCCCCCAAGUUGGGCCCAGGGUUCUGGAUCCGUUUCACAGUGCAGUACAACCUGUUUGCUGGCACUAUCCUGGGUCUAGCCACGGACAAACAGAGAGCGGCUUUGGAUGUCAUGCAAAGCGAAGGUACGCUAGGCUGCUUUGGUUUGACUGAGAAGCUUGCUGGUGUUAAUAGUGGUCUGGUGAUUAACACUACCGCUACCUACGAUCACGGUACACAAACUUUUACACUCAACACGCCGGGAGAGGGUUCCGAGAAGAACUGGAUCUCUCAGGGAUAUGUUGCUGACAAAGCGCUUAUCUUUGCUGAUUUGCACAUAGAUGGCAAAUCUAAGGGUGGCCACGGGUUCGUAUUAGACAUGCGUACGGACGGCAAACUCGCUGAGGGUGUCGAGAUCUUCGAUAUGGGCCGCAAGACUGUUGGAAACGAUCUAGAUAAUGCUUCUAUUCGCUUGACCAAUGUAACCAUCCCUAAGGAUACACUACUUUCACGCUUCGGUGGAAUCAACAGUGAUGGUGUAUACGAGCCUGCACCCAAGGGUAUUGUACCCAUGCAGAUGAUCGGACAGCGUCUGUUCACCGGUCGUGUCGCAGUUGCACAGGCAGCACUCAGUUUCUCACGUGAGCUUUUCCGCAUGACCAAAGAGUACAGUGAUAACAAGAAAUGCUGGGCCCCCGAAGGAAGCCCUAUGUUAACGGACAUCCCCCAGUUGAAGGCCCUGUACGCCGAAGCUGCCGAACGCGAUACAAACCUGACAAAAUUCGUGGCGAAAUGUGAGGCUGAGCUCAGUGAAGCGCUUAAGAAGCACGAGCUGCCUUCGCUUAAAUUGAUUGAGUCUAUUGCAUGCGCGAAGGUACUGGGUGUGGAGCAGAGCAUCGAGUUGACACACAGGUUAAAGCAGGAGGUUGGCUCGUAUGCGCUCAUGGCCGAGACCGGGUUUGAACAGCUGGACUUCUUGCAGUGCUGCAAGUUCGCCGAGGGAGACUCGCGUAUCCUAAUGCAAAAGAUGGCGCGUGACCGCAUGCGCAUUUUCACCAAGAAGCAGCAGCAAGUGGACAACAGCGAUCCCGAGCUCAAGCUCUGCGGUGAGAUUGCUGCGGGCAUGGCCACGGCACUAAAGCAGAAUGGAGGGGACAAGCAGGCGGCCUGGGACGAUCAGUGGGUCAAUACAUACGACCUUGCACGCGCGACUAUGAAACGUACCAUGGCUGACUUCAUGGCGAACUAGAUGAUCAAUCGGAACCAUCAUUGACUGUGGUUGAAUAAAUAGGAUUAAAAAGUACACGUAUUUUACAAUGAAUACUUUUG